CGAAAAGUAGCUACUCGUCAGGCUCCCGCCAUACCAGUUUUUGAUGCGUGCGUUUUCGUCUUCUUCCACAUUCCCUGACAGCCGAGACGCUUUGGCCUUAGAGCGUUGCAAGUUUAGUUUGUAACAUCAUAGCAGCGCUGUGUGUGCGUUUCAUUUUCACUCUGUUGACAGGAUCGCGACAUGCCGCUGCAACUGACGUAUACAGAAAUAGGCGGGAACGUUCGAUUUGGCGCAUCCAGAAGCAUCGCUGUGGGUAUCAGUUUAGUGUAGCCGGGGUAAGGAAGCGGUUCCGCGCGAGGCGCGAGCGACUCUGGUGGUGUAGAAGAAGAAUCUUCCAGGCCUGCGACAUGGAGCCCGUCCGGUUUGCGCUCUGCCUCGUCGUGCUCUUCGUGGGACACGUGUGGACGCUAGCGGCGACGCAGGGAGAACCAAGCGUGGAUUCAGUCAGAGGACACCGGAGAUGUGGUCAGAAUGCAGACACCAAGGUGGUCGACGGCAGUACGUUGUCCACCAACAAGUACCCGUGGGUGGUGCGCAUCUCCACCUACUACACGCCCAUUGAUGGGUUCGACCAGAAUGGCACCGACUCCUGCUCCAUCCUCAAGACUGAAAUGAGCAAGAUGAGCACCGCCCGGACGGUGGGCAAGAACACGCAGACCAUCGUGUCUCUCUGCGGAGGAACGAUGAUCACCCGAAGACACGUGCUCACAGCAGGACACUGCCUGCUGCCCGAAGAGUUCAAACCUCGCUACGUGGUCCGCUACGGCUCGACGCGCACCUCCCGCCAAGCAACUGCCUUCGUGAGCAAGGUGUUCAAGCACCCUAACUGCCACCUCGUGAACCAGGACCGAGCCGUCGAUGACGUCGCCAUACUCGUACUGCGGACCGCGCUGCCUCUGUCACCGGUGUGCCUGCCCCGAGCAGGUGCACCGCUUCCUUCACAUGUCACCGUCGCCGGCUGGGGCAACACCAUACCGAGCAUCGACUCGCUGCAGCUGCCGGAGCUCCUCAAGGAGGCUCAGAUGGAGGUGAUCGACAAGGCAAAGUGUCAGGAGGAGCACUCGUACGCGAAACCUGACGCACCAGAUCUGCGCCCAGGCGUCUUCUGGCUUUCCGGGUGUGGGUGACUCCGGUGGCCCCCUGAUGAGCAAGGGUUCGUCGGGAGAGUGGACCCUGGUGGGCGUCGUCUCGUGGGGCAACGAGACCCGCUUCAGGUCAUCUCCGUUCGUCUUCUCGGACGUCUCGGCCCUGCUUACGUGGAUACAGGACAUCGUCGCGAUGCCCGUCUGGUAGCCAGCAGAGUAAAUUGUCGACAAGCAGCUUGGGGAUAUGGGCUAAUAAAGCUAGUGACCGGUGUU